CAACAUUAAAAAAAUAUAAACAAACCUUAUUUUUUUCACAAUUUAGUAUUUGCUAGCUUUCCAUAUUUCUAAAACCAAAAAAGAUUUUUCACUGUAAAAAAUAUGGUUGACGAUCUUAGAAAAUACUUGAAUCAUUUACUGGAAAAAGUAAAUGGCCUUCAUUGUAUUUUGAUUACCGAUAGAGAUGGUGUACCCCUUGUGAGGGCGGUAACUGAAAGGGCGCCUCCACUAGCUCUGCGUCCUAACUUCAUAUCCACGUUUGGAAUGGCUACAGAUCAGGCUAGCAAACUUGGAUUGGGCAGAAAUAAAACCAUUAUAUCAAUGUAUUCAAGUUAUCAGGUGGUACAAAUGAGCAAACUACCCUUAGUUAUCACAUUUAUUGGAAGCGACAACUGCAACACUGGUCACAUCUUAUCAUUAGAGAGUCAGAUUGAACCAUUCUUGAAGGACUUGGAGGUGGUAGUUGCAGAUGCACCUUGAAUCAAACAAGCGAAACCAAAAUAUUUCUCAUAAAUUACUCAUAUAAACAUGUUUUUAAAAUAUAUCAAGGCUAUUUGGUUUAAGCGACAUUCAUCUUUGUAAUUAAAGUUUCCUUUUAUUUGGUAUUAGCAUCAAGACUUUGUUGAACUUUAAUUAAAUUUACUCCAUUCUAAUAGCAGAAGAAGUGUUUUUUUCUGAUAUUUUUUCCAAAUUUUAAACAUUAUGGCUCACUUGUAAAGUUUCAAAAAUGUCGCUUAAACCAAAUAGCCUUUUACAACUCUCUAAAAUAGGUUUAUUAAGGCUAAUGUGGGAUCGAAGUUACAUAUUUAUUUUUCGGUGCUUUUAUGAACUGUAUAUAGUAAUAUGAACAUUGGCAAUGCCUUGCGUUUUUUUACAAUAAUCUGUUUAGCUAAAGUAUAUUGAUGUAAAAUAAGUUAUGUGGAACCCAUCAUAAAGUAAUGCAAAUCUGCAAUUACAUAGAUUAAAUGCAAUAUAAAAGUUUAUCCAAAAACAUUACAUAAUUGCAUAUAUGAAUAUUAUUCGAAUGCUUUGAGUGCAAAUACCUAUAAAAUUUGGUGUUGCCAGUGUCAGUUUUGAACUAUAACAUCUUCUUUUUUUAACUACCUACAUUACUAACAAUGAUAGAAAAGUUUAAAAACUGAAAUAAUUUAUAUUAAUAAGAUGUAUAUAGAAGCAGGGUUGACUGCAUAUAGUUAGUAAUGUGUACAUAUAAGGCAGAUGACGUAUUGGAAUAUGCAAUGCAGCUUGAUGCAGAGAUGCAGUCCAAUAUUCCAGGUAUUUGUUUAAAAAGUGCAUUAUAUGAUUCAUUGAUUUAUGUAUGGACAUGUAGUGAAUACGUCUGGUAUGAUAUUUGCCUAAAAUAUAUUUUUUCUCUAAAAAUGUCAGUAGCUACUUUGAUAUAUUACAACUAGUUUAUGUGUAUUAUCUAUUAUCUAUGGUUACAGUAUCCCUAAAGGUUUAUUGGUGUUUAAUGUAUGUAUAUAUAAUUGAAUUUUGGAAUUGAAAUUCUAAAAUGCUAUUUAAAGUGUCAAAACAUAUAAAGUUAUAAAAAGGAAACUAUUUACGUACCAUUAAAAGUUAACUGUUUUAGUUCUUGUUUUCUUAAUUUUGGGAAUUACCUACUUGUAUAGUUUU